GGAGAGGCUGAGCCAUGUGUUUGUAAAAAGGAAGUUACAGCCUGGAGAGAGAUCAGAGCUACCAGGACACACAGACAGACAGACAGACACUGGGUGACCAUUAGAAGAUGCAGGCGGAAUCCAUUUUGCACAGCGGUUAUUUCCACCCAGUUCUCCGAGCCUGGCAGGCCAGUGCCACCAGCAUAGAUGCCACCAAUCUCAUGUACCCCAUCUUCGUCACAGAUAACGCGGAUGCGGUUGAGGAUAUCCCCAGCCUGCCCGGCCAAGCCAGGUACGGGGUGAACAAGUUGGAAGAAAAGCUGAACCCUCUGGUAAAUGACGGGCUGAAGAGUAUUAUCAUUUUUGGAGUCCCAAGCAGAGUGAUCAAGGAUGUUCGUGGUUCUGCGGCAGACGCAGACGAUACUCCUGCCAUUCUGGCGAUACGGAAGAUCCGGGCUGCGUUUCCAGAGUUGCUUAUUGCCUGCGAUGUCUGCCUUUGUCCUUACACGUCCCACGGACACUGCGGGAUCCUGCGGGAAGAUGGCAGCAUUCAGAACGAGGCCAGUUGCCAGCGAUUAGCUGAUGUGGCGCUUGCUUACGCCAAAGCAGGAUGCCACGUGGUUGCCCCGUCAGACAUGAUGGAUGGACGGAUCGGAGCCAUAAAAAACGCCUUAAUUUCCAAUAACCUGGGCAACAAGGUUUCAGUAAUGAGUUACAGCGCCAAAUUUGCAUCCUGCUUCUAUGGACCAUUCAGGGAUGCAGCGCAGUCCAAACCCGCGUUUGGAGAUCGGAAAUGUUACCAGCUGCCCCCUGGUGCACGCGGACUGGCCAACAGGGCUGUCGACCGCGAUGUGAGGGAAGGAGCCGAUAUGCUCAUGGUGAAACCAGGGAUGCCGUAUUUGGACCUGCUUAGAGAAGUCAAAGACAAGCAUCCCUACUUACCGCUGGCCGUGUACCAUGUGUCCGGUGAAUACGCCAUGUUGUGGCACGGAGCGCAGGCUGGAGCUUUUAACCUAAAGGUGGCGGUUCUGGAGGCCAUGACGGGUUUCAGGAGAGCAGGUGCUGAUAUAAUUAUAACGUAUUACGUGCCUCAGCUCUUGAAAUGGAUAAAGGAGGCGUAAUGUGACCCUCUAAUCUUGAACGUACCCAGAAGACAUCCAACCACAAGACUAUCCCUCUGCGAUCAUGCAUCCGCAUCCUUGGCACAAUAGCGAAAAUGUAAUUUGCACUAUAAUUGGCAGAGUAGGACUGAUUUAUUUUACAUUAACCUUUUGUUAAGCUGCAUCCAAAACCCCUUUUAACGCUACGUUUAUAACACUGAAGACUUUUACUGCCACCAGUGCUUGAAUCCCUCUGCAGAGGGGCACUCAUUUUAAUCUUCGAUUUUUAUUUUCCAGUUUAGCUUUGUCUUAUUCCAAUGAAUUUAGCAGAUGGAAAGCUUGUUCCUCCAGCCAUACUUUCAUAUUAUAAAAUAUCCCGAUGUCAGCUUGCAUAGACCGCGUAUGUCCGUUUUUAGAAAUUAAAAUAAAAGCCAACCUUUCUUUCUCGUUGUGUGCUGACAAUAUGGCUGUUUUUAUUGUUCCCGUGCUGCUAAUGUCCUGCAGUUGUGAUUUUGUUCAGUAUGGUCUCUCUGUCCCUGAGCUGCACAGACAGAACUGUUAUCACUACGCUGGUAGAUCCAGCCAUAACAACGUCAGAAUAAAACAAAAUGUUUUUCAUGA